AAAGAGAGAGAGAGAGAGAUAUGAUCUAUGUGAACUGACCCGAAUUUCGAAAUCAUUCUUCUGCAUUAAAAUGCGCCGCAAAUGGUUUCACGCAAUUUUUGUAUUAUUUCUAAAUUUCUUUCCUCAAAUCCGGAGUCAAGAUAAAUCUUCUGAACCAAAGGAUCUUUACGAGGCUCUGGGGUCAUCAGUUGAGUUGUCCUGCGAGAACGGAUCAGAAUGGAGAUUUAACGGAUCGUCCGUGGUCUCAAGCCACGUUCUCCGGUUACACAACACCAGCCUUAACGAUCAGGGCUUCUACACAUGCCACGACUUGAAAGGAGGAACCAUCGAAACGAUACGACUACAGCUGGGCUAUCCUCCACCCAUACCAGACGUCCACUGCUGGUCUCCGAGUUAUCCCCUACAAGCCCUGUGCUCAUGGACUCUGCCGCAAGACCCGAUACUACCAACUUAUUACAUCUCAACCUACAGGCAUCUUGAAGAGAUCUAUUCGUGCCAGAGAGUGAGCGAACAGGACAGGCAAUGUGUUCUCGAGGAACUGGACCUCUUGUCGAACGUUCCGUACCUGGUUAACAUCACAGCUGUCAACGCUCUUGGGAGCGCAAGCCGAAUCUUGUCUGUCAUCAUCGAGGACAUUGUGAAGCCUGACCCCCCUGUGAACGUGAAGGUAGUGGCUUUACCAGGAAAGAAGCUCCACGUCCAGUGGGCUCCUCCACCGACAUGGCCGGACCCUGUGACCUUCCCCCUGAAAUACAAAGUGCAGUUCCAGUGGGGAAACACUAACACAGCUAACGUUAUGGGUCCCUACGAGUCAGAAAGCAUGGUCCGGAGCGGAGUGAUGCCUGGACGGAUGUAUCAUAUCCGUGUAUCUGUUAUGGAUCUCUUGGGUCACGGUCAGAGCAGCGAGUGGAGCGAUACCGUCAACAUAACUUUACCCAAGAGCUAACAAGAAGCUACUAAGAGACAAAACACA